AUGGAGAACGAAGAUCUUAUUGAUUACGAGGAGGAGGUGUCCGUGCCUACCUCGAACACUGCCCCCGCAGACUCCAAGGCUGCAACUAGCGCCCCAGCGGGUGAUGCCGACGAAGGCAAGAAGGGAAGCUACGUGGGUAUUCAUUCUACGGGUUUCCGUGACUUUCUGCUGAAGCCUGAGCUGCUGCGUGCCAUUAGUGAUCUGGGCUUUGAGCACCCGUCGGAAGUGCAGCAGGAGUGCAUUCCGCAGUCGAUUCUCGGUAUGGACGUUGUGUGUCAAGCCAAGUCUGGUAUGGGUAAGACCGCUGUGUUCGUACUUGCGACACUGCAGCAGCUCGAGCCCGUCGAUGGCGAGGUGUCUGUGAUUGUCCUCUGCCAUACACGCGAGCUGGCGUACCAGAUCCGUAACGAAUACGCCCGCUUUACCAAGUACAUGCCCGAGGUGCGCACCUCGGUCGUGUACGGUGGUACGCCGAUCAAGGAGGACCAGGCUAUGCUUGCCGACAAGGCCAAGUGCCCCCACAUCCUUGUUGGCACUCCUGGCCGUAUGAACGGUCUGGUGCGGGACAAGUCGCUCAAGGCGGGUGAAGUGAAACACUUUGUCUUGGAUGAGUGCGAUAAAAUGUUGGAUAACCUUGAGAUGCGCCGCGAUGUGCAGGAGAUCUUCCGUGCUACGCCUCAUCACAAGCAGGUCAUGAUGUUCAGUGCGACGCUCGCGAAGGAAAUUCGCCCUACCUGCAAGAAGUUCAUGCAGAACCCUCUGGAGAUCUACGUGGACGACGAGACCAAGCUUACUCUCCAUGGUCUGCAGCAAUACUAUGUGCGUCUGGAGGAGGCCGCGAAGAACCGCAAGCUCAACGACCUGCUCGACACGCUCGAGUUCAACCAGGUAAUUAUUUUCGUCAAGUCGAUCUCGCGCGCAAACCAGUUGGACCAGCUGUUGCGUGAGUGCAACUUCCCCUCGAUUUGCAUUCACGGUGGCCUUCCACAGGACGAGCGCAUUAAGCGCUACCAGCAGUUCAAGAACUUUGAAAAGCGUAUCCUCGUUGCUACGGAUAUCUUCGGCCGUGGUAUCGAUGUGGAGCGUGUGAACGUGUCGAUCAGCUACGACACACCGUCCGAUGCGGACUCGUACUUGCACCGUGUUGGUCGUGCGGGUCGUUUCGGUACGAAGGGUCUUGCCAUCACGUUCGUUUCAAGCGACGAGGAUGCCGAGGUGCUCAAGCAGAUCCAGAGCCGCUUCGAGGUGGCCGUACCUGAGCUGCCCGACACCAUCGAGGCUAGCACGUACAUGAACGCGUAG